GGAAGUCUCCUUCACUCGGAGGACAGCGGCUCUGAGUGUGGAGGAACAGGCGGCAGCGAGCUCGCACUCUUUUCUUCUCCUGGCUCUUUUUUCCCCCCUUUCUUCUCUCAUCCUCGCUGCUCUGUGACUGGCUGACCUGCUCACACACACACACACUCACAGAGAGGCUGAUCCAGGACGAGAGAGAGGGGAGACAGCAGCAGCAACAGCAGCACCUGCCUCACCCUCCACCUCCACCUCCAUCCCUGCGUCUCUCCUUCCUGCCUGAACCAACAUCUCGCCGCCAUCAUGUGCGACUGUUUCCACCUGGCCUUCCCCAACUGGCACGCCGCCUCCUCUGGGACGGGAGCUGGUGGACGGAGGCUAAGAGCACCAGAGCCCGGGACAGAGGACGAUUCAGUAUGUGACGAGCCGCCUCAGUUCACAGAGGGAGAGAGACCGCGUCCCCAAGGAUCGUCUCCUGUCGAGGAGUUUCCUGAAACCGAUAAAUACACCGACAGUGACAAAGAGUGUGACGCAGAGCAUGACCCGCGCCAUAAAAGUGGCACCGGGAAGAAAAGGAAAAAGUCUGGGCUCGGGUCCAUGUUUGAGAAGCGCUCGACUCCAAAGAUGAGUAAACUGAAGGAGCUUCCCAGUCCUGAGUCUGGUGUGAUCGUGAAAACAGCCAAAGAUGGGUGUGCAGAAGGUCUCAUUUACGGUGGAGGGGGGAAAGAGGGGAUCUUCAUUAAAGAAGUGGUACCAGAGUCACCAGCAUCAAAAAGUCUGAAACUGAAAGAAGGUGAUCAGGUCCUGAGCGCCACUGUGUAUUUUGACAACGUACCAUAUGAGGAUGCCAUUCAGAUUUUGGAGCAUGCUCAGGCGUACAAAGUGAAACUCUGCUUGAAACGCAAACCGGACAUCACUGAGACUGAACCAGCCAUGGAUUCCGAUGUUAUCCCUGAGGACGAGGUUUGCGCUCCGGAGAUGAGGGAACAAGGAAAAACCAAAAGGCGUGGAGAUGCUCGCAUUUCAUGGCCAAAGUUUCCUUCCUUUGGAAAAGGAGGGAAGUCCCGCUUUACCAGGUCUCACAGUUCCUCAGAGGCUGAUGAGCAGAGAAAGCUGGAGCUUAGCCCCACCACUAGUGACACCGAGUCACCUAUAAAAUCUCAGGAUGGCCUCAAAGGCAAGAAGAGGCACAAAAUGAAGCUUUCUGUUCUGACAAAGAGAGGCCGCAUAAGUUCAUCUGAAGAUCAGGACACAGAGGCACCAACAACUGGGCAGACCAGUGAUGACAUUCACCAGACAGCGUCAGACAUGCUGUCACCUGAAUGCAUUGAAAGCCUCUCAGGACAAAUACCUGAGGUCUUUGUAACGGAGGAUGUGAGAGUAGUGGAAGAAAUAAGACUUGAACGAAGCGAUCAAAUUAUGACAGAACCAGUUCAACACAAAGUGGAACUCAUCAGUAUAGACAGCACUUUAAAAACAGAAGAUCUAACUAUGGCUUUGGCAGAUCAAGGAUCAAGUCCCCCUGGCAUCAAAUCCCCUAAAGAGAAGAAAAGCAAGAAAGAAAGAUCUCAAUUAAAAAUGAAAAUUUUGGGUAAGGAGAAAUCACACAAGAAAGAUGCAAAAGGCUCACCAAAAAGGCUAAAAACACUAGGGGCAAGUAUUGAAGCAGCAGAUCAACCUGGAAAUGAAACAUCAGAUGCCAUUCCAGGCAGUGAGUCACAAACACAACUACAAGGAGAUAAUUUACUGCUGGAUAUCAACACCAGUGACGAGAGUCAACUUGCAAAGUCAGCCACACCACAGAAGGAAAUGAGUAUACCAACGGUUGAUUUUGAUAUUUCUUCUACCUUUAUGCGUAAAUCACAGAAACAAGAACAAGCAAAGAAAGAUGACAUAAAACAAAAGCAGGAAAUAAAGACCUGUCCGACAUUUAAACUGCCUAAACUUGGUUUCAGUGAUAUUUCAACUGAGGAAACUGUACAAACAGUGAAUGUUGAAGAACGUCCAACAAAAAUGAAGCGUAAAAGUGAGGAUCCAGCAGUGAAAGACGAUCCUUAUGACAUACUUUCAAAAAGCAGUCAACUUCCCAAACGUGAAGACAUUGAAAUUCCAGGUAUGGAGGACAUGGCUGUGAGAACCAAAGCCAAAGGAAUUAAAGAGCCUAAAGUGGGUUCAAGAGGACAUCAUGAAGAAAUGAAGGCUGACGCUGUACAAAUGUUAAUCGAUGUUAACAGUGUAAAAGCGGCUGUUUCAAAACUGCCUGGAUUCAAGCUGCCAAAGGUUGACACAUCCGGAGUCCCUAUUCCUGAAGAAAUUACUGUGAUAGAUGCAAAUGCACAAAGAAUAUCAGUGAAAACACCUACUAAAGUUGCAGAUACCAAAUCAAAAUAUGGGGGGCACCUUAUGAAGGUUGACAUAACUGCCUCACCAGAAAUCAAACUCCCUAAGAUUACACCUGCGGCUUCAACCUCAGAGGACCUUUUAGUCGAGACCAAGGUAGACUUUAAAACACCUGAAAAAGUGUUCAAAACAGAGGUCUACAAACGAGAAGAUAUUAUAAUUCCUGGCAAAGAAAGUAAACAAGGCACAGUGGGGAUCACAUUUGAAAAUCAAUCUGCUGCUAUGUCCAGCCCAAAAGAAUCAAGUAAGAAAUCCAGUAAUUUAAAGAUAACAACGGCUAGCUUUAAAAUUGCACCAGUCAUACAAGUCCCUGAAAUUGCUGGUGACUUCACGAAACAGAACAAUUAUCAGGAAGGUGAUGCACUAUUAGGAAGAAGAACAAUAGUGUUCCAAGGUGAAACACCAAAAACUGGCGAGAGACAGAUUGGAGCAGUCGUAUCGGAUGUUAAAAUGCCGGACAUCGAUAGCAUUGAAUACAUUGAUUCAGUCAGUGGUUCUCCAGCCAAAAUGGGUGUUGGCAUUAAUCUUACAGGUUUUGGUGUUCACCUUGAUGCUACAAAGCCAAAAACUGACAUUGAUGUUGAAGCUGAGGUCAAACUCCCAGAUGCUCCUGAAGUUAAUGUUACUCUUGAAGCUCCAGAUGUUUCUAUUUCAGAGCAAAAGCUGGAAAUUGAAAAACCUGAAUUGGAAAUCAAACCACUACAAACUGAAGUUGAAUUUGAUUUACAAAGAAGCAAAUUCAAGAUGCCAAAGUUUGGUAUUAAAAUGCCAAAAAUGAAAGGACCUCAAUUGGAUAUAAGCUUGCCAAGGAAAGACAUGGAUGGUGCACUUCCAGAAGGUAAAGCUGCGGUCAAACUCCCAGAUGCCCCUGAUGUUGAUGUUGAUCUUGGAAGCAUAGAUGUUUCAAUUCCAGAACAGAAACUAGAAGUUGAAAAACUUGAGUUGGAAAUCAAACCUCUACAGACUGACAUUGAACUUGAUGGACAAAGAACCAAAUUUAAGAUGCCAAAGUUUGGUAUUAAAAUGCCAAAAAUGAAAGGACCUCAAUUGGAUAUAAGCUUGCCCAAGAAAGACAUGGACAUCACAAUACCAGAGGCUAAAGCUGAAGUUAAACUCUUGAAUGCACCUGAAGUUGACAUUAAUCUUGGAGGCAUAGAUGUUUCAAUUCCAGAACAGAAACUAGAAGUUGAAAAACCUGAGUUGGAAAUCAAACCUUUGCAGACUGACAUUGAACUUGAUGGACAAGGUAGCAAAUUCAAGAUGCCAAAGUUUGGGAUUAAAAUGCCAAACGUAAAAGGACCUGAACUGGAUUUAAACUUGCAGAAGAAGGAAGUAAAUGUCAAACUACCAGAAGCUAAAGCUGAGGUUAAACUCCCAGAAGCCCCUGAGGUUGAUGUUAAUCUUGGAAGCAUUGAUGUUUCAAUUCCUGAACAGAAACUGGAAGUUGAAAAACCUGAGUUGGAAAUCAAACCUCUACAGACUGACAUUGAACUUGAUGGACAAGGAAGCAAAUUCAAGAUGCCAAAGUUUGGGAUUAAAAUGCCAAAAGUAAAAGGACCUGAACUCGAUUUAAGUUUGCAGAAGAAAGAAGUAGAUGUCACAAUACCAGAAGCUAAAGCUGAGGUCAAACUCCCAGAAGCCCCUGAUGUUGAUGUUACUCUUGGAAGCAUAGAGGUUUCUAUCCCAGAACAAAAACUGGAAAUUGAAAAACCUGAGUUGGAAAUCAAACCACUACAAACUGAAGUUGAAUUUGAUUUACAAAGAAGCAAAUUCAAGAUGCCAAAGUUUGGGAUUAAAAUGCCAAAAAUGAAAGGACCUCAAUUGGAUAUAAGUAUGUCCAAGAAAGACAUGCAUGUUACACUUCCAGAAGGUAAAGCUGCGGUCAAACUCCCAGAUGCCCCUGAUGUUGAUGUUACUCUUGGAAGCAUAGAUGUUUCAAUUCCAGAACAGAAACUGGAAGUUGAAAAACCUGAGUUGGAAAUCAAACCUCUACAGACUGACAUUGAACUUGAUGGACAAGGAAGUAAAUUCAAGAUGCCAAAGUUUGGUAUUAAAAUGCCAAAAAUGAAAGGACCUCAAUUGGAUAUCAGCCUGCCAAAGAAAGACAUGGACAUCACAAUACCAGAAGCUGAAGUUAAACUCUCAAAUGCACCUGAAGUUGAUAUUAAUCUUGGAAGUGUAGAUGUUUCUAUUCCAGAACAAACACUGCAAAUUGAAAAAACCGAAUUGGAAAUCAAACAUGCAGAGGUUGAAUUCGAUGGACAAUUCAAGAUGCAAAAAAUUGGGAUUUCAAUGCCAAAAGUAAAAGGACCUGAAAUUGACUUUAACAUGUCAAAGCAAGAUAUGGAUAUUAAAUUUCCAGAAGCCAAAGCAGAAAUCCAACUCCCUGAUGUCGAACUAAAAGAACCUUCUACUGAAGUGGAAUUUAAUGCUCCUGAGAUUGAAGCUCAGUUGGGCAGUAUGAAAGGAUCACCAUCAAAAUUUAAACUACCAACAUUUAAAUUCCCCAAAUUUGGAAUUGCUACUCCAGCUGUUAGUGCUGAAGUACCCGACAAAGACAUUCAAGUUGAGGCUACAAUCCCAGAGGUCCCUGAAAUUGAUGUGAAUCUUGGAAAAGCAGAAGUGUUGAUUCCAGAAGGAAAGUUAAAGGUUCAAAAAGUUGAAAUGGAAAUCAAGUCCUUAAAGUCUGAAGGUGAAUUUGAUGGACAAGGAGGCAAGUUUAAAAUGCCAAAGUUUGGGAUAUCAAUGCCAAAAGUAAAAGGACCUGAAAUUGAUAUCAGUUUAUCAAAGAAAGAUGUGGAUAUCAAAUUACCAGAAGCCAAAGCAGAGGUCAGUCUCCCUGAUGUUGAACUAAAGGAACCUUCUGCUAAAGUGGAAGUUAAAGCUCCUGAGAUUGAAGCUCAGUUAGGUAGCAUGAAAGGAUCACCAUCAAAAUUUAAACUGCCAACAUUUAAAUUGCCCAAAUUUGGAGUUGCUGCUCCAGAUGUCAGUGCUAAAGUACCUGAUACUGACAAAGACAUUAAAGUUGAGGUUACAAUCCCAGAGGUCCCUGAAAUUGAUGUUAAUCUUGGAAAAGCAGAAGUGACAAUUCCAGAAGGAAAGAUAGAGGUCCAAAAACCUGAAGUUGAACUCAAACCUCUACAGAUGGAGGUUGAACUUGAUGGACAAGGAGGCAAAUUCAAGAUGCCAAAGCUUGGGAUGUCAAUGCCAAAAGUAAAAGGACCUGAAAUUGAUAUCAGUAUAUCAAAGAAAGAUGUGGACAUCAAAUUACCAGAAGCCAAAGCAAAGGUCAGUCUCCCUGAUGUUGAACUAAAGGAACCUUCUGCUAAAGUGGAAGUUCAAGCUCCUGAGAUUGAAGCUCAGUUAGGUAGCAUGAAAGGAUCAGCAUCAAAAUUUAAAUUACCAUCAUUCAAAUUCCCCAAAUUUGGAGUUGCUGUUCCAGAUGUCAGUGCUAAAGUACCGGAUACUGACAAAGACAUUAAAGUUGAGGUUAAAAUCCCAGACGUCCCUGAAAUUGAUGUUAAUCUUGGGAAAGCGGAAGUGUUUAUUCCAGAAGGAAAGUUGGAGGUUCAAAAACCUGAAGUUGAAAUCAAACCUCUACAGACUGAAGUUGAACUUGAUGGACAAGGAAGUAAAUUCAAGAUGCCAAAGCUUGGGAUGUCGAUGCCAAAAAUAAAAGGACCUGAAAUUGAUAUCAGCAUAUCAAAGAAAGAUGCGGAUAUCAAAUUACCAGAAGCUGAAGCAGAAGUCAAUCUCCCCGAUAUUGAAUUAAAAGCACCUUCUGCCAAAGUGGAAGUUCAAGCUCCUGAGAUUGAAGCUCAGUUAGGUAGCAUGAAAGGAUCACCAUCAAAAUUUAAAUUACCAACAUUCAAAUUCCCCAAAUUUGGAGUUGCUGCUCCAGAUGUCAAUGCUAAAGUACCGGAUACUGACAAAGACAUUAAAGUUGAGGUUAAAAUCCCAGACAUCCCUGAAAUUGAUGUUAAUCUUGGGAAAGUGGAAGUGUUAAUGCCAGAAGGAAAGUUGGAGGUGCAAAAACCUGAAGUUGAAAUCAAACCUCUACAGACUGAAGUGGAACUUGAUGGACAAGGAAGUAAAUUCAAGAUGCCAAAGCUUGGGAUGUCGAUGCCAAAAAUAAAAGGACCUGAAAUUGAUAUUAGCAUAUCAAAGAAAGAUGUGGAUAUCAAAUUACCAGAAACCGAAGCAGAGGUCAGCCUCCCUGAUAUUGAAUUAAAACAACCUUCUGCUAAAGUGGAAGUUCAGGCUCCUGAGAUUGAAGCUCAGUUAGGUAGCAUGAAAGGAUCGCCAUCAAAAUUUAAAUUACCAACGUUCAAAUUUCCCAAAUUUGGAGUUGCUGCUCCAGAUAUCAGUGCUAAAGUACCAGAUACUGACAAAGACAUUAAAGUUGAGGUUAAAAUCCCAGAUGUCCCUGAAAUUGAUGUUAAUCUUGGGAAAGCAGAAGUGUUAAUUCCAGAAGGAAAGAUAGAGGUUCAAAAACCUGAAGUUGAAAUCAAACCUCUACAGAUGGAGGUUGAACUUGAUGGACAAGGAAGUAAAUUCAAGAUGCCAAAGCUUGGCAUGUCAAUGCCAAAAGUAAAAGGACCUGAAAUUGAUAUUAGCAUAUCAAAGAAAGAUGCAGACAUCAAAUUACCCAAAGUUGAAGGAGAACUCAAUCUCCCUGAUAUUGAAAUAAAAGAACCCUCUGCUAAAGUUGAAGUUAAAGCUCCUGAAAUUGAAGCUCAAUUAGGUAGCAUGAAAGGAUCGCCAUCAAAGUUCAAAUUACCAACAUUCAAAUUCCCCAAAUUUGGAGUUGCUACUCCAGAUGUCAGUGCUAAUGUACCUGAUACAGACAAAGACAUUAAAGUUGAGGUUAAAAUCCCAGACGUCCCUGAAAUUGAUGUUAAAGCGGAAGUGUUAAUUCCAGAAGGAAAGUUGGAGGUGCAAAAACCUGAAGUUGAACUCAAACCUCUACAGACUGAAGUUGAACUUGAUGGACAAGGAAGUAAAUUCAAGAUGCCAAAGCUUGGCAUGUCGAUGCCAAAAAUAAAAGGACCUGAAAUUGAUAUUAGCAUAUCAAAGAAAGAUGCAGAUAUCAAAUUACCAGAAACCGAAGCAGAGGUCAGCCUCUCUGAUAUUGAAUUAAAAGAACCUUCUGCUAAAGUGGAAAUUCAGGCUCCUGAGAUUGAAGCUCAGUUAGGUAGCAUGAAAGGAUCGCAAUCAAAAUUCAAAUUACCAACGUUCAAAUUCCCCAAAUUUGGAGUUGCUGCUACAGAUGUCAGUGCUAAAGUACCAGAUGCAGACAAAGACAUUAAAGUUGAGGUUAAAAUCCCAGACGUCCCUGAAAUUGAUGUUAAUCUUGGGAAAGCGGAAGUGUUAAUUCCAGAAGGAAAGUUGGAGGUGCAAAAACCUGAAGUUGAAAUCAAACCUCUACAGAUGGAGGUUGAACUUGAUGGACAAGGAAGUAAAUUCAAGAUGCCAAAGCUUGGGAUGUCAAUGCCAAAAGUAAAAGGACCUGAAAUUGAUAUCAGCAUAACAAAGAAAGAUGCGGAUAUCAAAUUACCCAAAGUCGAAGGAGAAUUCAGUCUCCCUGAUGUUGAAUUAAAAGAACCUUCUGCUAAAGUGGAAGUUCAAGCUCCUGAGAUUGAAGCUCAGUUAGGUAGCAUGAAAGGAUCACCAUCAAAGUUCAAAUUACCAACAUUCAAAUUCCCCAAAUUUGGAGUUGCUGCUCCAGAUGUCAGUGCUAAAGUACCGGAUAGUGACAAAGACAUUAAAGUUGAGGUUAAAAUCCCAGACGUCCCUGAAAUUGAUGUUAAAGCGGAAGUGUUAAUUCCAGAAGGAAAGUUGGAGGUGCAAACACCUGAAGUUGAACUCAAACCUCUACAGACUGAAGUUGAACUUGAUGGACAAGGAAGUAAAUUCAAGAUGCCAAAGCUUGGGAUGUCGAUGCCAAAAAUAAAAGGACCUGAAAUUGAUAUUAGCAUAUCAAAGAAAGAUGCAGAUAUCAAAUUACCAGAAACCGAAGCAGAGGUCAGCCUCUCUGAUAUUGAAUUAAAAGAACCUUCUGCUAAAGUGGAAAUUCAGGCUCCUGAGAUAGAAGCUCAGUUAGGUAGCAUGAAAGGAUCGCAAUCAAAAUUCAAAUUACCAACGUUCAAAUUCCCCAAAUUUGGAGUUGCUGCUCCAGAUGUCAGUGCUAAAGUACCGGAUACUGACAAAGACAUUAAAGUUGAGGUUAAAAUCCCAGACGUCCCUGAAAUUGAUGUUAAUCUUGGGAAAGCGGAAGUGUUAAUUCCAGAAGGAAAGUUGGAGGUGCAAAAACCUGAAGUUGAAAUCAAACCUCUACAGAUGGAGGUUGAACUUGAUGGACAAGGAAGUAAAUUCAAGAUGCCAAAGCUUGGGAUGUCAAUGCCAAAAGUAAAAGGACCUGAAAUUGAUAUCAGCAUAUCAAAGAAAGAUGCGGAUAUCAAAUUACCCAAAGUCGAAGGAGAAUUCAGUCUCCCUGAUGUUGAAUUAAAAGAACCUUCUGCUAAAGUGGAAGUUCAAGCUCCUGAGAUUGAAGCUCAGUUAGGUAGCAUGAAAGGAUCACCAUCAAAGUUCAAAUUACCAACAUUCAAAUUCCCCAAAUUUGGAGUUGCUGCUCCAGAUGUCAGUGCUAAAGUACCGGAUAGUGACAAAGACAUUAAAGUUGAGGUUAAAAUCCCAGACGUCCCUGAAAUUGAUGUUAAAGCGGAAGUGUUAAUUCCAGAAGGAAAGUUGGAGGUGCAAAAACCUGAAGUUGAAAUCAAACCUCUACAGACUGAAGUUGAACUUGAUGGACAAGGAAGUAAAUUCAAGAUGCCAAAGCUUGGGAUGUCGAUGCCAAAAAUAAAAGGACCUGAAAUUGAUAUUAGCAUAUCAAAGAAAGAUGCAGAUAUCAAAUUACCAGAAACCGAAGCAGAGGUCAGACUCCCUGAUAUUGAAUUAAAAGAACCUUCUGCUAAAGUGGAAAUUCAGGCUCCUGAGAUUGAAGCUCAGUUAGGUAGCAUGAAAGGAUCGCAAUCAAAAUUCAAAUUACCAACGUUCAAAUUCCCUAAAUUUGGAGUUGCUGCUGCAGAUGUCAGUGCUAAAGUACCUGAUACUGACAAAGACAUUAAAGUUGAGGCCAGAAUUCCAGAGGUCCCUGAAAUUGAUGUUCAUAUUGGAAAAGCAGAAGUGUUAAUUCCAGAAGGAAAGUUGGAGGUGCAAAAACCUGAAGUUGAAAUCAAACCUCUACAGAUGGAGGUUGAACUUGAUGGACAAGGAAGUAAAUUCAAGAUGCCAAAGCUUGGGAUGUCGAUGCCAAAAGUAAAAGGACCUGAAAUUGAUAUCAGUUUAUCAAAGAAAGAUGUGGAUAUCAAAUUACCAGAAGCCAAAGCAGAGGUCAGUCUCCCUGAUGUUGAACUAAAGGAACCUUCUGCUAAAGUGGAAGUUCAAGCUCCUGAGAUUGAAGCUCAGUUAGGUAGCAUGAAAGGAUCACCAUCAAAAUUUAAACUGCCAACAUUUAAAUUGCCCAAAUUUGGAGUUGCUGCUCCAGAUGUCAGUGCUAAAGUACCUGAUACUGACAAAGACAUUAAAGUUGAGGUUAAAAUCCCAGACAUCCCUGAAAUUGAUGUUAAUCUUGGGAAAGCAGAAGUGUUGAUUCCAGAAGGAAAGUUGGAGGUGCAAAAACCUGAAGUUGAAAUCAAACCUCUACAGAUGGAGGUUGAACUUGAUGGACAAGGAGGCAAGUUGAAAAUGCCAAAGAUUGGAAUGUCAAUGCCAAAAGUAAAAGGACCUGAAAUUGAUAUCAGCAUAUCAAAGAAAGAUGUGGACAUCAAAUUACCAAAAGUUGAAGCAGAGGUUAGUCUCCCUGAUGUUGAAUUAAAAGAAUCUUCUGCUAAAGUGGAAGUUCAAGCUCCUGAGAUUGAAGCUCAGUUAGGCAGCAUGAAAGGCUCGCCAUCAAAAUUUAAAUUACCAACAUUCAAAUUCCCCAAAUUUGGACAUGCUACUUCAGAUGUAAGCAGUGAAGUACCUGACAUAGACAAAGACAUUAAAGUUGACGUUAAAAUCCCAGAAGUACCCGAAAUUGAUGUUAAUCUUGGAAAAGCUGAAGUCUUAAUUCCAGAAGCAAAUAUGGAAGUACAAAUACCUGAAAUGGUAAUUAAGCCCUUACAGACUGAAGGGGAACAUGAUGGACAAGGAAGCAAGUUCAAAAUGCCAAAGUUUGGAAUUAAAAAGCCAAAACUAAAAGGGCCUGAAUUGGAUGUAAGCUUGCCAAAGAAAGACAUAGAUGUCACACUACAAGAGGCUAAAGCUGAGGUCCGUCUUCCAGAUGCCCCUGAGGUUGAUGUUACACUUGGAGGCAUAGAUAUUCAAAUUCCACAACAAAAGUUGGAUUUUGAAAAACCUGAUUUGGAAAUCAAACCUGGACAGUCUGAGGUUGAACUUGAUGGACAAGGAAGAAAAUUCAAGAUGCCAAAGCUUGGGAUGUCAAUGCCAAAAGUAAAAGGACCUGAAAUCGACAUCAGCAUAUCAAAGAAAGAUGCGGACAUCAAAUUACCAGAAGGAAAAGCAGAAGUUAGUGUCGUUACAGAUGUUGACCUGAGAGAACCUUCUGCUAAAAUCGAGGUCAAAGCUCCUGAGAUUGAACCUCAGUUGGGCAGUGUGAAAGAAUCACCGUCAAAAUUUAAACUGCCAACAUUCAAAUUCCCCAAAUUUGGAACUGCUUCUCCCAAUGUCAGUGCUGAAGUGCCUGACACAGAUGAAGAAAUCAAAAUUGAUGGCGCACACAUGCACAUAUCUGCACCACACACCACUGUGGAUUUUCCAGAAGUUAAAGCAUCAGUGACAUUGCCAGAUAUUGAAGUCAAGGAACCAUCCGCGGACAUUGUAAUAGUACAACAGCCAGGCAUUGAGGUAGAUGCAAAAGUGAAAAAGCCAAGAUUUUCACUGCCCAAGUUUUCCUUUUCAAAAACUAGUGUUAAGGCCACAGAAGUUGUCAGUCCAGAUUUUGAUGUUGAUGUUACAUCACCAGAGGUCAAAGAAGAAAUCUAUCUGCCAGAAGUUGAAGUCAAAGGAUCUUCAGUAAUUACUUUAAUGGAAGAGUCACCCAACGCAGAAUUUGACACAAAUUUGAAAAAAUCUAAAUUUUCAUUACCGAAAAUCUCUUUUUCAAAGUCAAGUGUUGCAACAGCCAAAGUCAGUGCGGCGCUUCCACAGGUUGAUGUGUCUCUUAAAGAAGGAGAAGUAAUAGUCAAACAACCUGAGAUGGAAAUAAAAUCUCCUGAGCUUGAAAGUCAACAAGGUAGCAAGUUCAAAAUACCAAAGUUUGGAAUUGCACUGCCAAAAGCAAAAGGACCAGAAGUUGAUUUAACUACAUCACAGAAAGAUGCAGACAUCACACUGCCAGACGUAAAAGCCGAGGUCAAGUUGCCUGAAGUUGACGUCAAAGAAUCUUCAACUAGUGUGGAGACUGAGGCAAAGUCGAAAGACGUUGGAGGAUCGCCAUUAAAAUUUAAAAUGCCAACACUGAAGAUGCCUAAAUUUGGAAGUGCCACCCAUGAUGUCACUGUAGAAGCACCAGAUGCAGACAAAGCUGAAAUCAGCAGUGCUAAACUUGAGGAGGAUAUCACUAUCAAAAUCAGUGGCCCCAGUGUUGAUGUUACCGCUGUGGAUUCUGAAACACCAAAGACUGACACUGACGACAUUGAUCACGGCUCUCCAAGUAGAUUCAAACUGCCAUCAUUUAAAAUGCCGAGGCUGAGUCUUUCAAGACCUAAAACUGAGGAGGAAAAUGUCCCCACUGAAGUUAAAGAAGAUGAACUGGAGACAGCACGAGAGACUAAGUCGCCAAAGAUGACUUUGACAUCAUUUGGUGAGAUGCUCAAGAAUUUUGACGUUGAAUUUGAUGUUUCACAACCAGACAAAGAGGAAGGAGAAAACCUUGGAACAAGAGAACCCAGUGGAGAUCAGUUAGACGCAAAGGAAAAGGACACAGAUACCAAGCAAGGUGCAGCCAAAAGUCCUGAGAAGACAAGUUGGUUUAAAUUCCCCAGGUUUGGGCUUUCCUCUCCAUCAGAACCUGUCAAGACUUUUGAGAAAGAAGAGCAAAGGGAUGAAAAGAGCCCACUGGGCGAAACAGGGGCUGAGGAAACAAGUCCUACCUGUUCCGUCCAAUCAUCCGAUGCCUUUGCUGAUAUUAGCUCCACAGUGACGAGUGAGCACGUUGGCAUAUCCAUAUCCUCUCCCACCAAGGUUACCGUCAAAUACUCUGAUCCUAACGGUGCUACGGAGUUAGAAGAGAUCCAUAGCAAAGUCAUUACUUCCACCACAAAGACUGAAAUGAUCUCAGUUGAGCCCAACUUACCUGAAAAAAUCACAAUUUUGUCAUCUGGGGUCUCAUCUUCAUCAGAGGACACCGUCAAACUGGAAUCUGGAAAAAUACACAUCAUUUCAUCAAAUAUACAAGCAACACCAGAGGCACAGCAUGCCAAACUGUUCAGUGCUGUUCAGGUUCAGUCUGCCGGAGGCCUCGCCCUGGAAUCAGAGGCUGGCGAAGCUGCAUCGUGGACUGUUGAAGAUUCCCAAAGUGGCAGGAGAACAGUCUUUGAGAGGCACGUCGUCAGGGAAACGUCGAGUGAAAGAAGUGAGAGCAAAGAAACAAUUGUCAUCACAAAACAAGUCACGCAUAUAUUUGACUCCUCCGAACCCAUCUCAGGCGAGACGGCUUCGUCCAUACAGCGACUGAGAGACACUGUGCACUCUGAGAAAAUGAGGUUCUUUGAUGGAGCUGAAAAGUGAAAUAAUUUGAUGUAAAUUAUGUUUUUAGAUGCAGUACAGUCUCUAACCGUCGGGUUGUUUAAUUUGCUGAUUGUCAUGUAAGAGGAAGGAGAGAGAGAGAACUUUACAACUGUACAACUUAACUUUGAUCUCAAGUUGCAUGAUUUUGAGCUUUUAAGAGAUAGAGUGCAAAUUAUGACAGGGCUUCAGCAAAUAUCUUUAAUAAUGGUAUAAAACUAAACUAAGCAAUGUCUUUUUGUCAUGCCAUAGUUUUUAAAUGUGCAUUUGAAGUGGUCGAUGCAAAAAAAAUCAUGUCACUUACAUUCCACAAUAUUUUUUACAAUAAUUUUACCGUAAAAACACCUUCAAUACACAACUGCAGUAUAUGUCAAAAAAAAGGAAUAUGUAUAUGUAUUAUCAAGAUACUCUUGUUGAAAUAGUUCAAAUGUAAAAAGGAAAAAAAAAGAUAGCAAUGCAAAGCUGAAAUGCUUACAAUCAAUCACAGAAAACGUGCUGCUGCAAAUAUAUUUUUUACUAAUACUUUGCUACGUAGAACCUAAUUUGCUAAAAAAAAAAUGUAUUAUCAUUUUAUUAUGUUUACAUUAUAUAUAUCGCUGUAUAAAGUGGGAAUACUGAAGUGGCAAUGUAUAUAUAUAGCUUUUAAAUGACCUCCGGAGUUUUAUUCGAUUCCUGCUCCUGUUUGUAUUCUAAAAGGCUUUAACUCCGAAAGUGUUUGCAGAGUUAUAAACAAUAAAUAAAUAUUAUAACACCCAAGAAUACGUCUGGACCUUGUGAUGACAUGUCAGGUCAGCGCUUUAAGAUAAAAGGUUUUUGGAUUUUGGAGAGGAAUCAAUUGUGGUUUCUUACUAGAUUAGAAAAAGUAGAAUAUUAUGUGUUAUUGUCAACACUGGUUAUCCAGUGUCUACAGUACACAACACUUGCAUAGGAUGCAUUCAUGUAUUUGCACACUAGAGGGAGCCAUAGUUCAAAGAUUGUGUGUCGCCAUGGCCAUGUUCUCAAAAUAAAGAUUUAGGAAUCGGGUUA